UCGCUUUAACCAAGUAUCUUCAAUCGUUAGACAUAAUUGUAAAUUAUGCAAGUGCUUUUGUUGCCGCCCACCGGUCGCUCCUGCAUCCUACCGCCGGUAGUGGGGCUGUUUCCCUCCCACCGCCGUAUCUCCAGCAAUGUUGGUGUGUGUCCGCCAAAUUGUUUCUCCUCUGCCAAAACCCUUCAGUCUUCUUCUAAUUGUGGAGGAUCAAGAUACUCUGUCACUAAACUCGCUUCUUCUCCGGUCACACCGGCUUUUACAUCUCGCAUAGAAGAUUCGGAAAAGGCAAAACUUGCCCAGGUUGCAAAGAGAUUAGAGAACACAUCAAGGAGUUUCAAGCGGUUGGGUAGCUUAGGGUUCUGGGGGCAGCUAGUGUGCACUGUGGUGGCUGCAGUGAUUCUUUCUUUUUCAAUUGUUGUUACUGGGAAGAUCACGUCUCCUGCCACCUUCUAUGCCACUGCUGGUGGGAUUGCAGCUGCAUUUAUUUCAGUGUUUUGGUCAUUUGGGUAUAUUCAACUUUCUGAGAAGCUUCAGAAAACUGCUAGUGACCCUUCCAAGGCUCCUCCUCGUGCUGAUGUGGUGAAAAGCUUGAAAAAUGGCAUAAUAUUAAAUCUUUUGGGAAUGGGUGCCGCUAUUCUUGGAAUGCAAGCCACUGUCGGACAGUUGGUUGCAAAGGCUCUUACUUCCUCAGCUAAUCCAUAUUACCAGGGAGUACCUCCUGGCUACAGUCCUGUUCUGGCAUUGGAUGUAUUCCUUGUGCAGGCAUCGGCAAACACAAUCCUUUCUCAUUUUCUGGGGCUUGUUUUCUCAUUGGAGCUGCUGCGGUCAGUGACACUACCAGCUUCACCAGUUCCCAGGGUUGCAUAAUCUCCAACUCCCAGGGUUGCAUAAUCUCCAACUGAUUAAACAUGAUGUAUGUGAUUGCUACUAGGAGAAGCAUGAUUUUGAAGAUUCAAUAGUUGAAAGUGAAGUAUUGCUUGAGCUCAUUAUAUAUUUCAAUUUCACAAUUCUAUUAUCUUGUUUCUUAUACAUUUGUUGUUGCAAAUAUAUAAGUAACAAAGGCUUAAUUAUUCCAA